UUAUUCUGAGGGUCACAGGAAGACAUUGGAGAGUUGUAGGCAAGGUAGUGACAUGCUCAGAGUUAUGUUUUAGAAACAUCCCUUUUGCUGUUCUGCAGAGGAUGGAUUGUAAUAGCACAUGCAGGGAAGCAGAAAGACCAGUUAGGAGACUUUUGCAGUACUUUAAUAAGCAAGAGGUGCUGGUGGCUUGGAAGAUGUCAGUUUAAUGGUUCUUUGUAGCAUGGUGGGUAAGAGCACCAGCUGAAGAGUAAGGCUGUCUGGUAGAAAAUCUGGCUUACUAAUCUAAUGUGAUCUGGGACAAGUUUUCUUACCUUCUCAGUGCCUGAUUUUUACCAUCUGUAAAAUGGAAAUGAUGAUGUGGCCUUCCUCCUAGAAUUGCUGUGAGGAUUAAUGAAAUAGUAAUAAUUGUAGAGUGCCCAGGAGAAUGUCUUGUUAGUACUGCUGUUUUUAUCACCAUCAUCACCAGCUCCACCAUUUUACAACUACUAACAACUGCUACACAUCAUCCCCCAUAUCCUCAAUUUGCUGAUGAGAAAACUUAGAAACACAGACAGGGUGGUUUUGAAAUCCAAAUAUAGGUCUGUGAUUUUCUAAUCCAGUGCUCUUUCUGCAAAUCUGUGUAGUUCAAGCCCUGUUUAAUGUGCCUGUGAGCGUAUAAACAACAUUGAGCAAAUGAUAAACCAGAUGAGCUGAAUCCCAGGGAGGCAUCCUGUGCCUGUGCAUCUCCCCCCUCACCCCCAAGGCCAUCAGAAACAUCAGAUCCCCUGGGUUUUGGACACCUAAGCCAAAGGUAUUGGUAUGCAUGUGUAUAAUACUUGAGGACCUUGUAAGCUACUGAGUCUCUUUCGAGGCCUUUCAAGUCUUCAUUAAUUGUGUUAAAUGGAGCCAUACAUUACAUAAAUAAAUAAAAUCCAUGGAUUAUCCCCAGACCUUUUCUGGUCAGACUUUUAGUGACGACGUUAACCAGAUUUGCUUUUCUCUCUUCUUCACCUCUUACUGCCUUUGCCUAAUCCCUUCUGGAGUAAGCAAUGAAAUGGGCAAGGAGCAAGAAGGACAAAUGAGAAAAUGUGAGCACUUGAUCCGCCACAUGUUGGUGUUAGACCCGAAUAAACGCCUCUCAAUGGAGCAGAUCUGCAAGCACAAGUGGAUGAAACUAGGGGACGCCGAUCCCAACUUUGACCGGUUAAUAGCUGAAUGUCAGCAACUAAAGGAAGAAAGACAAACAGACCCCCUGAAUGAGGAUGUCCUUUUGGCCAUGGAGGACAUGGGGCUGGACAAAGAGCGGACACUACAGUCAUUAAGAUCAGAUGCCUAUGAUCACUAUAGUGCAAUCUACAGCCUGCUGUGUGAUCGGCAUAAGAGACAUAAAACCCUGCGUGUUGGAGCACCUCCUAGCCUGCCCCGAGCCAUGGGUUUUCAAACACCAGUCAACAUCCAGGCGGAGCAGGCAGGUACCGCUAUGAACAUCAGCGUUCCCCAGGUGCAGCUGAUCAACCCAGAUAACCAAAUUGUGGAGGCUGAUGGGGCAGUGAACUUGGAUAGUGAUGAGGGUGAAGAGCCUUCCCCUGAAGCACUGGUCCGCUAUUUGUCAAUGAGGAGGCACACAGUGGGUGUGGCUGACCCACGCACGGAAGUUAUGGAAGAUCUGCAGAAGCUCCUACCUGGCUUUCCUGGAGUCAACCCGCAGGCUCCAUUCCUACAGGUGGCCCCUAACGUGAACUUCAUGCACAACCUGUUGCCCAUGCAAAAUUUGCAACCAACUGGGCAGCUUGAGUACAAGGAGCAGUCACUAUUACAGCCACCCACCCUACAGCUGCUGAAUGGAAUGGGCCCCCUUGGCCGGAGGGCAUCAGAUGGAGGAGCCAACAUCCAACUGCAUGCCCAGCAGCUGCUGAAGCGCCCACGGGGACCCUCGCCACUUGUCACCAUGACACCAGCUGUCCCAGCAGUUACCCCUGUGGACGAAGAAAGCUCAGAUGGAGAGCCAGAUCAGGAAGCUGUGCAGAGGUACUUGGCAAAUAGGUCCAAAAGACAUACACUGGCCAUGACCAACCCUACAGCUGAGAUCCCACCGGACCUACAACGGCAGCUAGGACAGCAACCUUUCCGUUCCCGGGUCUGGCCUCCUCACCUGGUACCUGAUCAGCAUCGCUCUACCUACAAGGACUCCAACACCCUGCACCUCCCUACGGAGCGUUUCUCCCCUGUGCGCCGGUUCUCAGACGGGGCUGCAAGCAUCCAGGCCUUCAAAGCUCACCUGGAAAAAAUGGGCAACAACAGCAGCAUCAAACAGUUGCAGCAGGAGUGUGAGCAGCUGCAGAAGAUGUAUGGGGGGCAGAUUGAUGAAAGGACCCUGGAGAAGACACAGCAGCAGCAUAUGUUAUACCAGCAGGAGCAGCACCAUCAGAUUCUCCAGCAACAAAUCCAAGAUUCUAUCUGUCCUCCUCAGCCUUCUCCACCUCUUCAGGCUGCAUGUGAAAAUCAGCCAGCCCUCCUCACCCACCAGCUCCAGAGGUUAAGGAUUCAGCCUUCAAGCCCACCCCCCAACCACCCCAACAACCAUCUCUUCAGGCAACCCAGUAAUAGUCCUCCCCCCAUGAACAGUGCCAUGAUCCACUCUCAUGGUGCUGCAUCUCCCUCCCAGUUUCAAGGCUUACCCUCCCGCAGUGCAAUCUUCCAGCAGCAGCCCGAAAACUGUUCCCCUCCUCCCAACGUGGCACUAACCUGCUUGGGCCUGCAGCAGCCUACCCAGUCACAGCAGGUGACCAUUCAAGUACAAGAGCCUGUUGACAUGCUCAGCAGCAUGCCAGGGACAGCCACAGGCUCGGGCGGGCGGGGCGUUUCCAUCAGCCCCAGUGCCAGUCAGAUUCAGAUGCAGCACCGCACCAACCUGAUGGCCACCCUCAGCUAUGGGCACCGACCCUUGUCCAAGCAGCUGAGUGCUGACAGUGCAGAGGCCCACAGCUUGAACGUGAAUCGGUUCUCCCCUGCUAACUACGACCAGGCGCAUUUACAUCCCCAUCUGUUUUCGGACCAGUCCCGGGGUUCCCCCAGCAGCUACAGCCCUUCAACAAGCGUGGGGUUCCCUCCAACCCAAGCCCUGAAAGUCCCUCCACUUGACCAAUUCCCCACCUUCCCUCCCAGUGCACAUCAGCAGGCGCCGCACUAUACCACAUCGGCACUACAGCAGGCCCUGCUGUCCCCCACGCCGCCAGACUAUACAAGACACCAGCAGGUACCCCAUAUCCUUCAAGGACUGCUUUCACCCCGGCACUCGCUCACCGGCCACUCAGACAUUCGGCUGCCCCCGACAGAGUUUUCCCAGCUCAUUAAAAGGCAGCAGCACCGGCAGCAGCAGCAGCAGCAGCAGCAGCAGCAGCAAGAGUACCAAGAAUUAUUCAGGCAUAUGAACCAAGGGGAUGCUGGGAGUCUGGCUCCCAGCCUUGGGGGACAGAGUAUGACAGAGCGCCAGGCUCUACCUUAUCAAAAUGCUGACUCAUAUCACCACCACACCAGCCCCCAGCACCUUCUACAAAUCAGGGCGCAAGAAUGUAUCUCACAGGUUUCCCCGCCCACCCCAACCCACAGCUAUGCUCACCAUCCGGCCCUAAUGCAUUCGGAGAGCAUGGAAGAAGACUGCUCGUGUGAGGGGGCCAAGGAUGGCUUUCCAGACAGUAAGAGUUCAAAUACAUUGACCAAAGGUUGCCAUGACAGCCCCCUGCUCUUGAGUACCGGUGGACCUGGGGACCCUGAGUCUUUACUAGGAACUGUGAGCCAUGGACAGGAAUUGGGGAUACAUCCAUAUCGACAUCAGCCAGCUGUUGCAUUCAGUAGGAAUAAGGUACCCAGUCGAGAGUCUGUCAUAGGGAACUGCAUGGAUAGAAGUUCUCCAGGACAAGCGAUGGAGUUGCCAGAUCACAAUGGGCUUGGGUACCCAGCACGCCACUCAGUCAGUGAGCACCACAGGCCCCGGACCCUCCAGAGACACCACACGAUCCAGAACAGUGAUGAUGCUUAUGUACAGCUGGAUAAUUUGCCAGGAAUGAGUCUCGUGGCAGGGAAAGCACUUAGUUCUGCCCGAAUGUCAGAUGCGGUUCUCAGUCAGUCCUCACUCAUGGGGAGCCAGCAGUUUCAGGACGGGGAGGAUGAAGGAUGUGGGGAGAGUCUGGAGGGUCAUGAGCACCCGGACCUGACUGAUGGCAGCCAGCAUUUAAACUCCUCUUGUUAUCCAUCGACGUGUAUGACAGACAUUCUGCUCAGCUACAAGCACCCUGAGGUCUCCUUCAGCAUGGAACAGGCAGGCGUGUAAUGAGAAACAGAGGGUUUUGUGAACAGUUUGGGAGUGAAAAGGUUCAUUUUAAACCAACAGUAUCUAGCAGCAUUGCGCCAAAUUGCCAUUGUGUUUCUCUCCACCCAGAAUAUCGUGGCUCCUUUCCUCACCUUCAGUUCAUCAGUGUGCUGUUCUUUUGGGUUCUGAGGGGGUUUUGCAAUGUUCGCUUGUAUGACCAAGUCACCAAGAAAAUAAACGGGAAAUCCAUGUUUUCCACCUUUUGUGAAGGUGUA